AUGGCGAUUCUUAGAAUUCUAGGGUUCCUUCGCCCUCUCCAAAGAAGCAGAUGCCAACCCUCCACCUUGUCCUUCGCUAGUCUUCUUCGAUUCCUCUCCGUCGAUCUUUGCGAAGGCUCUUCCGAUCCUAUUGAAUCGAACACUAGCCUUUCCGAGCGAUUCGUCCUCGAACAGCUAUCGGAGCUCCUCUCUAUCGAUCCUGAACCUCCGAAAGCCCGCCUUUUUACUGAGAAACCAGCUCAAGAAUCGGCUUUGAUUAGCCUUCGAGAUCGAAUCCUCACGCCUGAUGAGAAGCUCCGCGGGGUAUUUCUUCAGAAGCUGCGGGGAAGAUUCGCCGUGGAGUCCGCGCUCUCCACCGUCGGCGUCGACCUGACGGAGAAGAUCUUCGCCGAUGUACUGAACAGGGGAAGUUGGGGCGGAGAGGCGAUGGUCUCCUUCUUCGAUUGGGCAAUGCAACAGCCAAAGGUGACACCUUGCGUUGAAACGUAUAACGUGAUGUUGAAGGCGCUUGGCCGGAGGAAGUUCUUCGAUUUUGUGGAAGAAAUCUUGCUUAGAAUGAAGAAUGCUGGUGUCCAACCCAACGCAGAGACCGUGGAGAUUCUGAUGGACAAUUAUCUUCGGGCUCGCCAAGUUUCUAAAGCAGUUCAGUUGUUCAGGGAGUUGGAGGAGAUUGGAGCCAAGUGUAAUUUGGAGUCUCUCAAUAUACUUUUGCGGUGCCUGUGUCGAAGGUCUCAUGUCAAGGUUGCAAAUUCUGUAUUCAACACUACUAAAGGAGAAAUUCCUUUUGAUAAUGCAACAUAUAAUGAGAUUAUUGGUGGAUGGGCGAAGUUCGGUAGGCUUGACAAGGUAGAGCAUUAUUGGAUGAUGAUGAUGAUGACCGAUGGUUUGAGCCCUGAUAGUGUUACGUUUAGCCACAUCAUAGAAGCAUUAGGACGAGCUGGCCGGAUCGAUGAUGCUGUGGAUAUUUUCGAGAAGUUGGAGGAGAGGGGCUGUGCUCGAGAUACUAUGACAUACAAUGCGAUGAUCUCUAACUUCAUAUCAAUUGGAGACUUUGACAGAUGCAUUGAGUACUAUAAAGGUAUGACACAAAGCGAGUGUUUGCCAAACAUCGAUACUUAUACCAAAUUGAUUGGUGCAUUCCUCAAAGUUAGAAGAGUGGCUGAUGCACUUGAACUGUUCGAUGAGAUGUUAGGUAAAGGAAUUUUGCCCAGGACUGGGAUGAUUACAUGUUUUAUUGAGCCUCUUUGUAGCUUUGGACCUCCCCAUGCUGCUAUGCUUCUUUAUAAAAAGAGUAGGAAAGCAGGAUGUAUGCUGUCUUUGAAAGCUUACAAGCUUUUGCUUAUGAGGCUUUCAAGGUUUGGUAAAUCUGGAAUGGUGCUGAAAAUCUGGGAGGAGAUGCAAGACAAUGGUUAUGCUUCUGAUAAGGAAGUUUAUGAGUAUAUAGUCAAUGUAUUCUGCAAUAUAGGGCAGGUUGACAAUGCUGUUCUGGUUGUGGAGGAAUCACUGCACAAAGGUUUUUGCCUUGGUAGAAUAGUUUAUAGUAAACUAAACAACAAACUAUUGGAGAUGAAUAAAAUAGAGACUGCAUACAGACUCUUUUUGAAAGUAAAAAAUGCACGACUCAAUGCUAAUUCACAGAGCUAUUGGCGUGCAAAUGGUUGGCACUUUUGACCAUGGGUCCUAUAAAUUUUGACCGUGAGUGCUUGUUCAGUUCUUAUGCAAUGCUAAGUUGUUAUUCACCCAUUUGAUAAAAUUCAACCGUGAUGAGGGGAAUUAUAGUGAUUGUAAGUUCACUGUAUAUAUGAUCAUUGAGGUACCUUCAUCCUUAUGAUUUGAUAAAAUCCAGCUGUUGAGGGAAUGUGCUUUUAAUUGCUUGCUAAAGAUUUGGAAUACUAGACAUGACAGUUUACAGACAUCAGGCCAAAUCAGAACAUCCUUUGUUAGUAAAUCGUUUCAAGAAGUUAGCUUAUCCUUGUUGUGAACUUUUUCUCCCUUGAAAUUUCUUCUUCUCUAUCUUGUUUGCUCAAAUUUUAACCUGUGGUAGUAUAGGUUAUCAUACAAGUAUUAUGCUUUUCUAGACAAAAUUUCAAAGUAUCAUGUUAAAUUUAUCCUGAAGUGCAAUACUUUAUCCAAGAUAACUUUAAAGUUAAAUCAGAUAGUUUAUGUAUUCAUUGUUUGCCAAGGACCUGCCUUCUUCAUAUGGGAUUAUCUAACGAAGUAUACGGUGUCCAAUCUUAAUUAUGGAAUUGUUCUUGUGAAAGUUAUUUACUACAUUUUGACAUUUGUGUUCAUUGAAAAUCAAGUAUAAAUUCCAUUGAAUAUUCAUCUAGAUUAUAUCUGUUGUUUUUUAUUUGCACUUUCUUGCUUUCUUUUAACAAUUUUUCAAUAAUAUGUCUGAUGCUUCUACAUUUCUAUUUUCAGUCAUAUGCAAUGAUUGAUUUUAUUCUCAUUUUUUGCAUGAACUAAAGUUUUCCAGUGUUUCUAGUUUAUUUAUGCAAUGUGGAAAGUAUUCUCAGGUUACUUUUUGCUUUUUACCUCUAUAAAAUUUUUGCAUAUGUUUGUCGUUUGCCAUGUCGACUGUGUUUGUUUAAUAAGUAACUACUCUCUCUUCUCUCUCUCUCUCUCUCUCUCUCUCUCUCUCUCUCUCUCUCUAUCCCUCCCUUUCUCCCCCAUCUCAAUAAGAAAACAUUGCUAAAUGUGAAUUUCAUCAAUGAAUAAUAUAAACUCAUUUUUAGUUAAUCAUGGUUCAUUCAGUAAGAUAUUCAGUAAUAUAAACUCAUUACUAGUUAGGCUUUUUGUUUUCAGAUUUCCUUUUCAGUUUAGCUUUAUCUUAUGGAGUUCUUAGACAGGGAGGGAUCAACACUGUAAGAGAUUGUUUGGUCACUUCAAAUUUGUAUCGUAAGUGUAAGAAUUUAUGAUGUUAAUUGCAACAAAAUUCUACAGUCAUUGUUUCUUCAGUCUCAGUGUUCAGUGUUCUCAGUUACUCCUGAUAGUGUCAUUAGCAUUGUCUAUCAAAGAUUAAGUAGUGCUUUGCAUGUUGUGAUGGAGAGUGGGGCAGCAUGAAACUCGAUUCCGAUUUGUCUAAGCCAAGCAUUUUUCAAUGAGCUGACCAUACUCUUGGAUGCUGCCAAAUGCUAUAAGAAACUGGACUUGCUCAAGGCACAGAACGAAGGACUGGGGAUGCAAGAUGGUCCUGAAAUUGUGCACUAGAUAUGUUGGAAGUUAUAUGUUCAUUAGAGAAAAUUGAUGUUAUCAUGAAUGGUUGUUGAAAAGACUGGAAAGAUUCCUUUUUUUUUAAUUUCUCUGACCUGGCCAAUGUAUCCUCAAUAAGAGAGAUGCCUCGAUAAGGAUUUUCCACAAUGUUCACAUCAGCUCGAUUUUUUGGUUGGUAUUUAUUAAUCAUGAAUCUUGUUAGUGUAACUUGUCAUUUUUCUUGCAUUAUGUCCAUGCGCUUGUGUUGAUCUUCAAGUUAAGCUACUCAUGCUCAUGCGCUUGUUUCUAUUGGCUUUGUAACAUCAGCCACACUUCUGUGCCGAACAUAGAGGUGAUCUUUCAAUGAUCUACUCUAUUGGAAAUGAAAACUGUGGAGCUCAAUAUUACUUCAUGUACGAUAUUGCUCCUGAAGAUAGCAGUGCAUCAAAUGAGCAUUUGCUUCCCUCUCAGCUACAGAAUGAAUUACUUCCUUGUCUGUAGAAACUCAAUUUUGAUGGAUUUUGUAUUAGCAAACAUGAUACUUCAAGGGUGUAUGAUUCUAUAUUGACAGCUGAGGUUUCUGCCAUUUGUAAUGAAUUUCUGUGUGCUGCACAUCAUGAGAUCAGUCAAUUACUUGUGAAACUGAUCCUCCAACUUCAAUUAUUUUGAAUGAUGGGAGAAGUGAUUGGUUUUGGCAUCUCCAAUCUGUUCUUGGAGAUUGCCCAUCCUCGAGCAAUAACUUGAUGUGUCUACUUCUUCAUAGAGAAACAAAUCAGGUGAUCUACUUGUUACUGUUGAACAUGUACAACAAUAUAAUUGAAGCCUAAAUAAAGCUUCAAUAUGAUUGAUUUGAUAGAAGAUAAUUUUCUUGAGGAAAUCUCUUUAUUCUGUUGAGGAAAAUUCUCUAUUCUAUUCUGUUGAGAGAAAUUUUUUCUCUUAUUCUGUCAAUCGAGAACGAAGAGCGGACUUAAGGAGAACGAAGGGAAUAUUUGUGUCCUCACAGCAAUAGCAAUCGCAACAAUAACAGUGAUUUCUUUUACCUUAUUCACGAAGUCUCUCAUUGGUAUCCUUAUCAGGAGCACUAUCUUGCAACAUGUUAAUGUAUUGAAGUAUUUUUCAUUUCUUCAAUAAAGCUUCUUCAGUAAUUGUUCUUA